AUGAUAAAGCCACUUUUCCAUGCCAAACUAAAUUUUCAACCAGUGUUCAACGAAGUCAAUGUUAAUUUCUACCAAAUUUACAAUGCAAUCCUUACCAAAUUUAAAUGGUUAUUAGAUUUGGAAGGAGUGAAUAAUUAUAUUGAAAUAUGUGCAAAAUACGAAGAAAAAGGCAACUAUAUAAUAGCAAUUCAUUUACCUAGUAACGAGGAAAACAUUAGAAUGCCUUUUAUUGUAGAAGCCAUGCAAAUUUUUGUAAAAGUUGAUGAUAAACUCAAGAAAUGUGUUUCAACUAAAAUUAAAAUUGAGUCAGAUGAACUGAGGAAUACCUUGGGCAAGUUAAAGACAGGUGUAGGGAUUGCGAUUGUUAAGUCUCAUAGAAAUUUAAAAGAUGGAGAAAUGAUAAAACAAGGAAAUAAAUUAUUUAAUGAUUUUGAAUUAUAUGGUGGUGAAUAUCCGUUUGAAGAUGUGUUAUGUGUUCAGGUGUUAAAGCCAUUAUUUGAUGAUGAGAAAAUAACUGAAAAUAAAAAUACAUUUAAUACAAAUGUAACAAAAUAUUUGAAACAAAGAGAAGAAAAGUAUUUAUCGAAAAAUAUUUUAUUUAAAGAAAGUUGGCAAAAAUGGUUUUUAUUCGAUGGAAAAUUUUAUAAGGUCGGGGAAAAUGGAAAAGCAGAUUAUAUAGAUUAA